CCGAAGGUUACAUCGACCAAACCAAACCCCCCCUCCCUUCUCCUCGCGUCGACGCGUCCAUCCUCCAGAAAGAGAGAGAGAGAGCUGCCCGAGGAGGAGGGGGGCAACCGUAGCGAGGCGUUGCUCGUGCGGAUCCAGAGGGGGGGCGCAGAUCCGGACGGGCCGGGGAAUGGCGUCGUCACCGGAGGCGGCGGCGGUGGGGGAGGAGGAGAAGGGGAAGGGGAAGAAGGAGGAGGGGCGGCGGGGCGGCGGGGUGCUGGGGAGGAUGUGGCGCGCGCUGUUCGGCGGGCGCGAGGACUACGAGAAGCGGCUGCAGUACCUGUCCAAGGAGGAGGCCGCCGUGCACGCGCGGAUGCGCCGCCGGACGCAGUUCUCCCGCACCGCCGUCCGCAACCUCAUCGUCCUCUCCGUCCUCGCCGAGGUGGUGGCUAUUGUCUAUGCCAUUAUGACAACAAGAAAUGAGCAUAUAACAUGGGAAAUGAGGGCAAUCCGAGUGCUGCCGAUGUUUGUCUUGCCUGCUGUAUCUUCUGUGAUAUAUUCAACAGUUGUAAAAUUCACAAGGAUGCUUGAGCGGAAAGACCAGAAGACACUUGAAAAGCUGAGAGCUGAGAGGAAGGCCAAGAUUGAUGAGCUAAAAGAGAGAACUAAUUAUUACCUCACCCAACAGCUUAUUCAGAAAUAUGACCUAGAUCCAGCUGCAAAGGCUGCGGCAGCAUCGGUAUUGGCAUCUAAGCUCGGAGAGGAAACUGGCUUAAAAGUACAUGUUGGUGAAGAACCAAAACUGGAUUCAGCAGUUGCUAGGAGCAAUGAUGUGGAGAUAUCACCAUCAGAAGGGCUGAGAAACAGGAAGCAAUCCAAUGCAAGAGGUAGCCGAACUGGAGGCACCACUGCUGCUCAAAAUCCAGCUCAGGGAGCUGAAUCCAGUCUGACAAGUAGCUCUGGCCUGGAACAGCCUCCAAUGGUGGUAGAACAUUUUCAAGGCUCAGGGGCAAGUGAUGGUGGAUGGAUAGCAAAAAUCGCUGCUUUACUUGUUGGGGAGGAUCCGUCGCAGUCGUACGCUUUGAUAUGUGGAAACUGUCAUAUGCAUAAUGGCUUGGCCAGGAAAGAAGAUUACCCGCACAUUACCUACUACUGCCCCCAUUGUCAUGCGCUGAACACAUCAAAGCAAUCUUUGGGGCAACAUUCUGGCUCCAAUUCAGGACGGUCGACACCAGUUGCUCCUGCUGAUGGAAUAUCUGCUAGCAGUUCAGUAGUAGAGAGUGAAGUGAGUAACAUGACUACAAUUCAGGAGCUGAAAAAUGAAGAAAAUACCGAGAAGCAAGAAGUGCAAGCAAGUUGAUCGGUCAUAAACUUAUACUGCUGGUCUGUGUGAAAAUUAGCACAUCUAUUUGGUGUAUAUUGCCGUAUUCAACUGGUUUGAACCACAGAUGUUGCACUGCUGUAAAUUGGUAAUAGUGCCUGAUAUGAUCCACCUACAGAGGCCGAGUACAAAAUUUUGAGUCACCAUCUUUACAUCCUUGGAUGUAUGAAUUUUGUUGUCAAUAGGGUGGGGGACAAACGACUACCUGAUGUCUGACAAUGUGAGAUUUAAAAGCUAGCGGAUGGAGCCAAGCAGUUCAGUUGGGCAUGAAGCAUGGUGUUGGUCUAAAACUUAGACACAAUCAAUCCCCCAUAUCUGUUUACCCGUGCUUUAUUUGCAGUUGCACCUUCGGAGAUGAGGAAUUUUGAGUUCUGUUAGUUUCUGAACCUUGACGAUUACCAUUUCCCUGAGAUGUCUGUAACUUGCAGCAUUUCGUCUGCAACUAUUGGUUUCUUUUGAGUAGUGAAAAGUGACAACCACACCAUUUUUCUUCUGAGGUUUGUAACCGUAUAUUCAUCUCGCU